UCAAUUUAGCAAACGGCAACGACAGAAGCAGCAGCUCGAUUGCAAACUUGUAUGUUAAAAAUGAUUUCGAAGCCCGGGCUCUUAUCGCUGAACCUCGGUCUGUUGCUGAUAGCCCUGCUAAGUGCGCAGAUAAUCCAGGCCUAUCAGCAUCAACCGUAUUAUCCGUAUGGGGAUCCUCAGUACAGCGGCAACGGAAGGGACUACCCGCCGCCACAUAGGCCACAUGGACAAGGAGCAUAUCAUGGACAUGGAGCACAUCAUGGACACGGGCACGAUCACAAUCAGUUCAAUAAUCCCUAUCCAGAUAGCCAUGCAGGCGUUUCGGGACAAGGUCCCAACUUCGUUGGAGGUUUCUAUGGAGGUGGACAGUCACGAGGACGCCCAGGCUACGGCCAUGGUGGAGUUGCUUACGGUAAUGGUCGCCAGCAUCCAGAAGAUAACUACGGUGGUCAGCAACCCAAUGGAGGCCAGCGACCUGGAGCUGGGUACGAACGUCAGUGGCCGGAAGCUGGAUACGAACAUCAAGGAGCGAAUUCAGGUUUUGGUGGACAGCCAGGCGCUGGCUUCGGUAAUCAACACAGGACGGAUUAUGGCACACGACCGGUUCAGUCACGUCCCAAUGAAACUAACUAUGAAAACGAGCAAAGCGGUAAUCCCAUCCAGCCCCACCCUCAACCAGGUGGUCAGGACACAACGAAGUUGACCCAUCAACAGCCUGGCAACGUUGGCUCUCCUUGGCAACCACGCCCAGGAGCUAACACAAGUGAUCAAAAUGAUUUUCAAAAACAAGGCGGCAACCCUUUCCAACCACGUCCUCAACCAGGCGGUCAGGACACAACAGAGUUAAGCAACCAAGAUCCUGAGAGCGUUGAGUGUUUUUGGUAUCCACGCCCAGCAGCUGACACAAGUGAUCAAAAUGAUUUUCAACAACAAGGCGGCCACCGUUUCCAACCACGUCCUCAACCAGGCGGUCAGGACACAACAGAGUUGAGCCACCAAGAACCUGGCAACGCUGGCCUUCCUUGGCAGGCUCGCCCUGUUAAAGGAUCAAACGAUUCAAAUGAGCUUCAACAACCCAUCGGCGAACGCGCUGGCAAUACUCUGCCUAGGGACCCCAAGGCGCAUGUUGUGGACGGUGAACCGGACUCGAUUGAUCAACGCAAUCUAUUUGAAACAAUGGCACAAUGUCCCGAGGGAUCCGAAAUGUUGGGCGGGCGCUGUCGCCGCAGGGUCUAAACAGAUGUUAAUUUCAUCAAUUGACACAAUAUGAACUACUGAAUUGGCCAAACAAUGUAGCAAUCUAUAUUUAAGUUCGAACAAAAGUUGUAUCAAGUUUGUUAAUUAUAAAUUUACUUUUACACUAUCUGAUCUGAUUUUAAGGAAUUGAAAUACAGUAUAUAAUUCGUUCAACAGUAA